AGCGAGAGCAAGGAGAGGCAUGCCGGCCGAUCCUGCAUGAACGAAGCCACCAGGUCGAUGAACAGGCAUGCAUCUAGUACCGGUACAUAGUUGUCGAGACCCAAGAUUUGCCAACGCCAAAAAGCGGCGUCUCACGUCCACACCAACAGAGAACGCGGCGACAGCAUGAGCAUGACGAUGAACUUCAAGGCGGUCGCCAUGAAGGCACUGCUCGGGCUUGUUGAUGAUGACAAUGACUCGAGCAGCAGUGAAGCCGACAAGAACAAACCAAAGAAGCCGGUCAGUCCCAUUCGACGGAGGGCGGCGGUUGCGGCGGCGUCCAAGAGGAAGCCGGUGGACGAGUCUGACGACGACGACGAUGUAGGCGACACACGACCUACGAAUGACGAUUCUGAUGAAGAAUUCGGCUCGUCCAAGUCUCGACGGUCGAGGAAACGGCCGCGGACAUCCUCGUCGACGAGUAGUCACCGCGCCCAGGAUAGCUCGAAGAAGAAGCACCCAUCCCCCCAAACAGCGGCGUCAACUGCCGCUUCGACCGCCGUAGGCAACGACACGAAAGUUCUCACUAAAGAAGAGCGUCGGGAGAACAAACGCUUACGAGACAAUGCAAGCAAGCGGAUGAAGCGAGCGGCCGAAAAGGAGCGCUUGGAAAAGGAGCGUCAGGACAAGGCGGCGCGUGAGGUCGAGCACGCCCGCACGAAGCCCGAUGCGGACGUGACCUCCGCCACCGAAUCACAGGACGACCCAUCAUCAUCCACGCAAUCCUCCUCCCGUCGAAGUCAUGGACACGAUGAUGUGAAACAGGACAAGACGACGACACACGACGACACUCGACACAAGAAGCAGCCGCGCGCCGACUCGACCGACACCGCCGACGACGGCCGCCCUCCGUCGAAACCUUCCAACGGACACCUUCCAGGCGAGGAGCGGCGUCGGCACGGAGCAUCGAAGCCUCGAAGCAAGGCGCAAGACAAGGAAGGAGGCGACAUGCUGGACGAGCGACGGCGUAGACGAGGGGCGCCGGCAGUCCAGGAGGACGCCGCUCCGUCGACGUCACAUGGUCCUGCCCCUACUUCUCGUCGUCCGUCCGUGGAGGUGGAUGCCCUCUCCGUCAUGUUUCCAGUACCCGGGCACGGUGACACGGCUACAGACUUGUCUAUCCGACCCCUGUCCACGAGACCCCCCCCCGUCCCGUCUCCCCCCGCCGCCGCCAUCGUCAGGACACUCGAGCAUCCUCUGGACAAGACACACGAGCCAUCGACAGAGGCGGUGGUCGUCCCCGUGGAGAAAUCUAACGGGUUGCUGUCCAUCCCAUCUUCGACCAACGGAGAGACCCUUCAAGCCACGAGCGAUUCCAUACCCAGGAAUCGGCUGCCGGACCCCGCGGCGGCGGCAUCCGACACCAACAUCCACGUAGACUUUGGGUCCCACCAUCCCAAGCAUGAACAAGGAGAAGUGUCGGAGGCCAAGCCCAGCAGUGCGGAUGAUGCUGCCGCCGAAACCAACCCCGUGGGUAGUUCCCGUCCGUCCCCGAGUGUCGCGGUGCCCGACGGUGUACCCCCUGCCGAGGACUUUGUCAUUCCUAAAAAGGAAAAGGUGGUGGUGGCAGCAGUACCAGCUGGGAUUGUCGACGCGCAGGACGACUUGCCGAUUCCACGCCGCGGCAGCACGCCGCCUCCUUCUCGUGUCCGCCGACCGUCCCCGCCGCCAGUGUCGUCGUCGUACCCCCGGCACGCGUCCUCCCACAACUAUGGCAGUAGUCGGGGGACGCAGCCAUCAACCAUCGGACAUCAACCCAACGUCGUCACAUACACGGCGCCGCCGGCAUCGUCCGUGACCUUUCGGGACCUGCUCCACUUUGAAUACCCUGUCGCAGACAUCAAGUUUCACCAAAAAGUCACCCAGUACGGAUCCAUCGCGCGGUGCCUGCCGCCGACGUUCACAUCGUCGUCGGCGCGGUCCCAGCGCCCGCCGACCAAGUACGGGGUCCUGCUGCCUCCAUCUUCAUCCUCCUCUGCUCCGUCCGUGUACGAAGAGCCGAGAGCGUUUGGCCGGGGCAAAGGCUCGCACCGGACGCUGGGCGACGGACCCGCGUUCUUCGGCAUCGACGCGAUGUGUCCGGCGGCGCUGCGUCCGGAUCGAGCGGCACAUGCCCGGCAGGUCGCUGUCGAAGCCGACGUGGCCGACACCGUACUCAACACAAUCAGGCCGUGGACGCGGUCGUGGGUGCAGCGGCACCUCUACAGCACGACGUUCCAGCCGCUGUCGGCGCGGCACCGCAUCACAGUCCUCUUCCGCCACAUGCGAUAUACCCACCCCAGCGGCGGCAUCAUGUUCAACACCACCGGCGUGUGCCACGCGUACGCCAAGACGCUGGCCGUCCGGUUUGCCGUCGGACCCGACAGAGACUCGCCGGGUAUCGACAUCCCCCCCGACUCGUGGAAGGUCCUCCAGAAGUCCCGGUCGUCGUUCGUGUACGCCAAGUACUACUCGAUGGAGGACGCGCAGAUGGCCGUGGAUACGCACGUCGACGACGAUGGCCGUCCGGGUGUGAUCGUCCAGGACGCGUACUUUGUCCUCCCCCCGUCCCCCCCUCUUCCGCCGCCACCGACGACGACGACGGACGGACAGCACGAGCCUCGACGGAGGGAGGUGAGCCCCCCACGGGUACCAGAGACCCGUGGGUUGCCCAUCUCGUCAAACACGCCGCCGUUACAACUUCAGCCUCCGCUGCCUCCUCCCGACGACGAGGCGCGGCGACGGAUGGCAUUGGUACAUCCCCCGCUGCCGCCCUCGGACGACGAGACGCGGCGACGGAUGGCCUUGGUACAUCCCCCGCUGCCGCCUCCGGACGACGAGACGCGGCGACGGAUGGCAUUGGUACAUCCCCCGCUGCCGCCCUCGGACGACGAGACGCGGCGACGGAUGGCCUUGGUACAUCCCCCGCUGCCUCCCCCGGACGACGACUGGCAAAGCCGGAUGGGUGCUUCUCGGUGGAGCGACUCGACGAGGAAUGAGCCGACGACGACGGGGUGGGGGGGGGACAGUGCCCCUGCCUCUCGACACGAGCCGACGACAGCCCCGCCCCCCCUGCCUAAGGACACCCAGCGCCCGCCGCCGCCUCCUCCUUCUUCUUCGUCCUCUACUUUGCCUCAGCACUACAGCCGCCACGACGGCGACGGAAGUGGAAAGAAGGAGGAGGACGCGGUCAAGAGUCAAGACGAUUACCGUCGGAACCGCCGAGAGAGCAUGGAAGAAGGCGAAGUGGCGGCGCCAACAAGGGAACCCCAACAGGUCCUGCCCAGCACACGGGAACACGACGACGCGUCGGACGGUGCGGGCGUAGGGGACGCGUCGUCGUCGUCGGCACCUCCCCCCGCGGCGGCGGCAGAAGCCACGGCGCGAGAGCAAGACCGGCCCCUCCCUCCCAUCUCGUCCGCCGACGGAGGACGCUAUCGGUCGAGGGGCCGACGCACGACGUCGCCUCCUCCUCUUCCUCGGAGCAGCACCACAACUGGUCUCGACCAGCCCACCAAGACGCGCCACGUGUCGCCGGACCGCCGCCGGUCGAGUUGGUCGUCGGAGCGGUCGGCCAACUCGACUCGACCUGCCAAGGACUCUCGACAGCCCCGCCGGAGCGCCGAACGGGGGCGCCGGUCCCCCGACCCUCGACGUCCUCGGCGCAGUCGAAGUCGCGACCGCCCCCCCCGCGUGGUGAUGGUGACGUGCCCGGGCAUGAAGCGGGACGACGGCCUCGUGCGCGCCUUCUUCCGCGACUGCGGACAAGUGGACAACGUCGAGUGGCGAAGCGGCCCCCCCGACUACGCGUACGUGACGUUCCACACAGCGACUUCCGCCGCCGCCGCCCUGCGGCACAAGGACCGAGCGCUGCUGGGGGCGACCCCCGCCCGCGUGGAGCUGCCCCGUCGACUCAGCACACCCCAUGCAUUCAGUACGCAUAGGUGAAGGAGGACUGUAACCUAACACACAACCUUGUACUUACUACA